GCAACCCUAGCCCCACUCCCUCUAUAUAUACGUCUCUGGCACCGGCAUGUGCAAACUUGCCCCCCAAGCCUCGCUCCUCACGCCUCUCCUGCACCGCUCUACGCUACACCCAGAUCAACUCGAGAUGGUUCACUACUCCUUCAUGGUGCUGCUGCUGGCUGCGUCCCUGGUGAGCGGCGCCCCGCAGGUGGGUCCAGGCCGCCCCAACCUGUUCGCUGACCCACGCCCCACGGGUCAAGAGCUUCUGGUGGACGCUCAGGUGGGCAGAGUACUGCUGCACGCCCCCAGAGAUGCCCGCCUCAUCGCCAGCAAACCUGUACUCGCCCCCAUCAUCGACAGACUCGUCGACAACGCUACCCUCAUUCGGCCCAAUAUCGUCGACACCUUCACUUGCGAAGGAAGAGCGUACGGAUACUACGCUGACCAGGACAAUGAGUGCCAGAUCUUCCACGUGUGUCUGCCACUACAACAGCUCUACCCUGAGAACUUCACCACACCAAUAACCUUCCAGUUCAGCUUCAUCUGUCCAGAGUACACUCUCUUCAGUCAGGACGCCAUGGUGUGUGCCUGGUCGACGGAGGCCGUGCCCUGUGAACACGCCCACGACCUCUACUGGAUGAACAACAACUUCUUCAGGAAGGUGGCCUCCGAGGACGGCUUCGGUGAGCGCUACGCCGAGGUCAACGAAGCCUUAAAGUAGUGACCGGACUCCUGAUCUUCCCUGAUGACCUUCCCUGGUGACCUUCCCCUCCUGACCUAUGGUGACCUUUCUUGGUCACUUCCUCGUGACCCAGAGUGAUAAUGGCUAGUAAUUUUCCCAGGUGACUUUUCGCUUUUGACCUCUCAGUUGAGGAGUGACGUCACAGGGGAGGGACUCGCUAGAGUGACACUAAACGAUAAGUCUCGCAGCUAGCGAUGACGUCAGAGACACGUCAUCGACACAAGGAUGACAUCACCGAUAACGUCACCGACAAGGGUGAAUGAUGACGUCAGAGAGAACGUCACAGAAAACGGAAUGUAAUAACGUCUUCAAACGCUUAACUAAUGGGCAUUGUUAUAAUUGUUGUCCCUUCUCGUGCAUGUUAUAAGACAUGAGGCGACGAGGGUACCUACUUACACGGAUACUUAAGCUCUCUGCACACUCUGAACUCAUGUCGUGAACAUUGACAAAUAAUCACUUGCUCUGUAUAGAGAACAUCUGCGGGGAAGGUUGGUAUAGAGCCCCUUCCCCCAAUGGCAUUACUGUAAGCUUAGUAUAACACUAUACACCCCCCUCACACACACAGAGAGCAACCUCUGUGUACUACACAGUCUGGUCGAGGACCGGGCCGCGGGGACGGUGAGCCCCGACAUGAUGGGAGGGUUAUAAACACUUGUCACCUUGCACUCAUACGGCUGGGUUGUGUCCUGUGCUUGUUACAACCCUCCCAGCUACUCUACUAAUGUUUUAGUAAACAAAUAAAUGUGUUGUUGUGUCUA